AUUAAUCAACGAUCCAAGAUGGCUGCCACCAUGAAGAACUCGGAUACAGACACACAGGUUACAUACCAGGACCAACAGAAAAUCAACAAAUUUGCCCGCAAUAAUGCCCGGCUACAGGACCUAAGGGACGAAGAGGAAAAUAAGAAGAAAGAGCUACAGAACCUGGAAGAUGCUGCUGACGAGAUUUUAAUGCUGGAGGACGGUGAUGACUCGAUUCCAUACCAGAUAGGAGAGGUGUUUGUCAGCUUGAAUGCGGAGAGCACUGGUGAGAUGUUGGAAAAGGCCAAACUACGUGUCCAAGAAGAGAUGAAGGAGAUUGACAGCCAGUGUGAGGUUCAUAAACAAAUUCUACAGGACCUAAAAGUGGAACUGUAUGCUAAAUUUGGCAAUAACAUUAACCUGGAGGCAGACGAUGAUUCCUGAUCUGUGUGAUUGUUGACAUUUCUGAACAAAUAUCAAUUGUAUGGACUAUUUCACGUUUUUACUGCCAUUUCUUAGCAUACCAGAAUAGGAAAGGAAAAAGGCCAAUCAAAAAUUUCUGAACUAUAACUAUUUGAUGUGAACCUUAUACUGUACAAGAUGCUUGUUUGUCCUCUGUGCUUUUUCAUUUUCGUUACCUGUUUCAUUUUCAAGUAUGUUGACCUGUAAUUCACAUUGUAGAAAAAUGAUUGAAACAAGUUCAACUCUCCUAAAUUAAAACAAAUGACAUCAAAUGA